GAGCAAGGAAAAUGCGACGUGCUUAGCAUAUUGGAAAAGGAGGAACUGCUCCUGUCCCCACGUGAAAUCGCAAGGCGCGAGCGCGCGUUCAAGGUCUUCAACCAAUUAUAUUACAACAAAAGUUGGAUUGAUGUGCUUUGUUUGAAGAGUUUACGUGAUAAUCCUAACCUAUUGCUGCCACAGUGCAAAGUUUCCACUCCUUUUCUACACCAUCUAACAAACAACAAAUAUGGGGUGCUGAAGAAAUUUUUGAAAAUGCUUCAAGCCCGCAGUCCAUUUUAUAAUGAACAAAUGCUUAAGUGUCCGGAUAAGAAAGUUUGGGAAAAACAUCGUGAGACACAUUUGAAUCAUAUACAAUAUCAGACGCGUCGAAAUAUGCUAACGAUAUUGCGUACGAUUCGCCAACUUAGGGCCAGGGGAAAACUUGACAAACUCAGUAAAUACAUCGAAGAAGUUAUGGGCGAUUAUGUAGUGCUAAAGACACAUCGUGUCAUGCCCUGGAAAUUCGAAUUUUUGAAUGAAGUCUACAACACAUUGGCGCUGGCUUAUAUCGAUCGUUUCAUUCAACCGAGUGAUUUGUCAUCAGCACAAAAUAAUGCAGGUCACUUAAUGCGAUUGCUACGUAUCCCAACCGAUAAGAACAAAGAUCGUCAAGUGAGCUUUGUCUUCGGCGAUAAAUCCACCUAUCAGGAACCGGAUGCUAUUGACUAUACAAUGAUCGCUUAUAAAAAAUAUUUGGCUCGCUUGGAGAAACGUAUUCACUUCGCUAAAUACUCGAUUGAAAAAUGCUAUUUGUUGCACGAGAUCGCCCGCAGUCAUCUGCGACAGAGCCGAUUUGACGAGUGUGUUUCGGUGGCUCGUAAAGCUAUUGAAGAAUCGAAAAACUGCAACAGCAACGUUUGGCGCUUCUUAAGCACCAUACUUAUAUGUAAGGCCCAUACAGUUCUUCACAAGGUGGAACGUGCCAAGGAAAUACUAGAUGAAUCCUAUGCGGUAGCAAAGAGCAUGAAUAGCCCUGAAUUGAUGUCUUUCAUUGAGAGCUGUCGCCAAGUGAAUGAGGCAGAAAUAUCAUUGAAAAAGCGUUAUCAGUCAACGGAUUCGAUCCGCAAGCGCAGAAGCAAAGUUUCGCUUGAAAGCCGCAACUCACAAAUAUCACAACCUAGUAGUGAAACAAACGAUGAAUUAAAUGCAGCAUAA